AUGUCAUACAACCAGGGAUACGGCGGGUACCAGCAGCAGCCUUACGGCCAACAGCAACAAGGCUAUGGACAGCAGCCAUAUGGUCAGCAGCCAUACGGCCAACAGCAACAGGGCUACGGACAGCAAGGCUACGGACAGCAGCAAUACGCCACUCAAAGCAGCCCUGAGGCAAGUCUUCGUCAGUGGUUCGAUGCGGUCGACGCGGACAGGUCCGGACAGCUCAGUACGGAGGAACUUCAGAGGGCAUUGAUCAAUGGUGAUUGGAGCCCCUUCAACUACGAGACCGUCCGUCUGAUGAUGAACAUGUUCGACACCGACAACUCUGGACAGAUCAACUUUGCCGAGUUCUCAGGUCUGUGGAAGUACAUCGAGGAAUGGCGUGCUUGCUUCAGAGCCUUUGACCGGGACCAAAGCGGAUCGAUCGACUUUGAUGAGCUCAGGACCGCCAUGCGCUCGUUCGGUUACCAUCUCUCGGACAACUUUUUGAAACUUCUCAUCAAGAAAUACGACAAAAAUGGUCGCGGCGAUGUCUCGUUCGAUAACUUUGUGCAGAUUGCGGUCACCGUCAAGAGUUUGACGGAUGCAUUCAUGAGAAUCGACACGGAGAAGAAGGGAUACGCCACUAUUGGCUACGAGCAGUUCUUGGAGCUGGUCGUCAGCAACAGGUAA